GAUUACUUUUCGUAAGUGAUUGCGCCAUUUUGUGGCCAGCUGAUCACCAAAGAAAGUUUUAUUAAACCGUAUGAGCUUCCAUCUUGUUACUCUAACUAUAUGUGUCAAGAUGGUUGUAUCGAUGUGGGUCACGGUAUUUGCGUACAAGACCCCUUUGAACACUCGGUCAAUCUUUUAUCCAAAGCUUCGCUCGCUUACUCAGGGAAUUUUAUUGCUUGGUGUCGCACCGUUUCAAACUUCAGUCAAACAAAAGUAGGUUUACUUUCAAAGGUACUUCUCAACACGAGUCCAAAGUGCUUCACUCUAGAAAAACCAAGCAGAUUCAGUGAAGACCAAUGGAAAACGACUAUCGAGAAAGUCACCGUUGACAUCCUACAUAAGAUUCUUUGUUACGAAGUAAGCGUAAAACGAACUCCCUCAGAAAUUGCUUUUACCUGUGCAGGCACCCACGAUCUUUGGCAAAAUAGAUCCACAGCUCUAAAAACCCUGUUACCAAAGUUAUCACCAAACGCUACCGAUAUGGAAAAAGAGAUUGCCGUUACGGCGCUAAUUUUGAGCCAAAACCCAAGCGUGGUCAAAGACUAUAAACGCCCUGCUCGGAUUACCGUCACGUUUGACAAAAAAUUAAAGGCUCACUUCACGCGGCUACGAAUGAACAACUACAAAAAACACUUUGAUCAUUUUCUUUACUUGAAAAUUAUCAAAUAUUUGGACGAAGCGGAUAAGCAAAGCGCGGUUUUUGCGUCGCCAGACACCACGCAAGAUAUCGAUGUAAAACCCGACGUAAUGAGCCCCGAGUUAGCAAAUAUCGUACCAAAAGGUGAAUCCACUCAUAGCGAAGAAAAUAACACGGAAUAUGUUAUAAUCAAAGAAGAAAAUUCUUCAAUAAAUACAGAAAUUAAAGCCGAAAACGUCAGCGAAGACGAAGUUGAAGACGUCCCGGCAGAUUUUUUCCAGGACUUUAACAGAGACAGUUUCUUGGAGGGUUUAGAUCUCGGCUGGGUUUCUGAUGAAGAUAAUGCGGCCACUGGAAAGAGAAAACGUGCUUUUUGUUCCAGUGACGACUCCCGGGAUUCUACCAACUCAUGUCGUCCUAAAAAGAUGAGGCGCUCUGGGGAAGACGUUCCACUAACCUUAGAAUCAGUUCAAGAGCAAAAGGACAAAAUACUUUCUCAAUGCGAACAAGUCCUCAGGUUCAUGACUUACCAACGACCGAAACGACUUCAACCACAGUUCGCUUCUCAAGGUCACAUGUCGCCCUUAUUUAGAACAAACAUAAGGUUUAAUUGUACGUCAGCUUCGAGAACUCAGUUCUCUGACUGUCUUCUCUCCAUUCUUCGUUCCGUGGGUAUUAUAGGUGAAUCCAACGAUGUUUCAGAUGUGAUAGAUUUGGUCACUGAAGAUGUGGCCUCUGGUGCUGUGAUGAAUAAGACUCUCAUAGCGAGGCUUUUACAGAUCUCGCUAUUAAUUUCUAAGCCUAGUGAAAAAAAAGUUGUAGAUGGCGCGGAACAGUCUACAAGUGAUGGUAACGGUGAUUGUUGAAAAUAAC